AAAACUAUUGGCCAAUUCUAGCGAAGGGGUAGGGGCUUGUCGGAAUACGGGUGGUGAUAAUAGGAAUAAAAGAAAUAACGCUCGCACGCAGAUUCCCAGUGCAUUCCUCAGAACGACUAGAGGACUUUGACUUCAGACGCUCAUUUUGACACUUACAGGGACUCAGGACAGAACGCUCUGAGAGAGACAGGCAUUAUGGAGGAGAGCAGAGGAGGAGACACUCCUAAUGGGCCAGCUGCGGACUCUCACAAAGAGUAUCAGCCCAGUAGACCAGAGCCCAGAGAGAAAUGGUCCAACAAGACUGAAUUCUUACUGUCAAUGGCUGGAGAGAUCAUAGGCCUGGGCAACGUGUGGCGCUUCCCUUACCUGUGCUACAAGAAUGGAGGAGGUGUAUUCUUCAUCCCUUACUUUGUCUUCCUCAUCUUCUGCGGCAUCCCUGUAUUUUUCCUGGAGACGGCUUUGGGCCAAUACACCAGUGAAGGAGGGAUCACAGCCUGGAGGAAAAUCUGUCCUAUGUUUGAAGGAGUUGGAGUUGCCUCUCAGGUUAUAGUCAUCUACCUGAACAUCUACUACAUUGUGGUUCUGGCCUGGGAUGUCUUUUACUUCUUCAACUGCUUCCGAAGCAGCCUGCCCUGGACCACCUGCGACCAUGUGUGGAACACAGACAGUUGCCAUACUUUCAACCGAAGCCUGCUGUCCUCAGGCCUGCACAGACCAGACUCUGACUGGUCCUUCCUCUAUAAUGUAACUGAUAGCUAUGAUAUCGACAACUACAGCAGCAAUUCCAGCUUCUCUGAAACGCUGCCAUAUGAAGUUGUUUCCCCAGAGGAGGAGUUCUGGCUUAAUCAGGUGCUGAGGGUAACCAGUGAUGAUUCCCUGGGCCUGCCACACUAUGAUCUAACAGGAUGUCUCCUGUUGGUCUGGACUAUCUGCUACUUCUGUAUCUGGAAAGGAGUGAAGGUCACUGGGAAGGUGGUGUAUUUCACAGCUAUGUUUCCGUACCUCAUGCUGCUGAUCCUGUUCUUCAGAGGGGUCACUCUCCCUGGUGCUGGACAGGGCAUUGCCUAUUACCUUUACCCUGACAUCUCCAAACUCACCAACCCUGAUGUUUGGCGUGAUGCAGGCACCCAGGUGUUCUUUUCUUAUGCUGUGUGUCAGGGUGUCCUCACUGCAUUGGGCAGCUAUAACAAAUACCACAACAACUGCUACAAAGACUGCAUAGCUCUCUGCGCUUUGAACAGCGGCACCAGUAUCUUUGCUGGCUUCGCUGUCUUUUCUAUCCUUGGCUACAUGUCUCACGAGCUGAGCUUGCCUAUGGAGAACAUAGUGAGAUCAGGUCCAGGCCUGGCUUUUAUAGCCUACCCCAAGGCACUGUCUCUCUUACCAAGCCCUCAGUUAUGGUCUCUCCUUUUCUUCCUAAUGAUUCUCUUCCUAGGACUGGACAGUCAGUUUGUGUGUGUUGAAAGUCUGGCCACGGCGCUCACUGAUGUGUUCCCUGGAGUUCUGAGGAAGCCGAGGCGCAGAGAGAUUUUGGUGCUGGUCAUCGCUGUGGUCUGCUUCUUGCUGGGCCUUCCUCUCGUCACCGGGGGUGGGAUCCACCUGUUUGUGCUGAUCGACACAUAUGGUCCAAGCGGAACAAACUUGCUCUACAUCGCCUGCUUUGAAACCAUCGUCAUUGCCUGGGUGUACGGUGCGGAUCGUUUCUAUGACAACAUCAAGGACAUGAUAGGAUACACCCCCAUGCCUGUGCUGAAGUAUUGCUGGCUCUUCAUCACCCCAUUAAUCUGCGGAGCCACACUGCUGUAUGAUCUUGUUGUAAGUAGUCCAGUUAACUCCAACUUUGGGCCCAGCUGGGGGUCCACGAUAGCUGCCCUGCUCACCCUCACUCCAAUGCUCUGUGUUCCUGCAUUUGUACUGAUAUCUCUCAGAAGGGGUCCUGGUCAGAUCUCCCCAUCGCCUGACCUGCAGCAGGCCAGCCCACACAAGCCUCGGCUGACACUGUGUAAGCGAGUCAUCAUUAAGAGACAGAGGCUCCUCCACAGAGGGGGAGAUAAAGGUGGAGAGGCAGAGAAAGCCAUCACAGAGGACACUAAUGAAGUGUGAGAAGGAGGAGGACAUGGCCAGAGAGCCUCUCACCUCACCGUGUCAGCACCUCAGUGGAUUCAUGAAACCUCAAGCAAGACCAGCCUCACAUAGUGACCGUCUCCUAAAAUUCUGCUCCUAGAGCAGUGGUCCGCACAAUAUUUUUACAGAGAGCACAACCUCAACCUCAUCCUUGCCUACCGGGGAAAGGGCUUACCGGUGUCAUUAACUGAUAUUGUUUUUAAUAAUAGUCUACAAUCUGUUCACUUUAGCUAACCUCACAUUUUGAAUGUUCCUAUAAGCAGAUAAGGAGAUUUCAGACAAAGCCUAGUCUCUGAACUUUUGAACCUAGUCAUUGUGCUUUUAUUGCUAACAAUUUGUAUCUGAUAUCUAGAAACCAAUAAGGGCAUAAACUAAAACUUCUGUAUCGUAGCUGACCUAAUGGCUUAGUGCGUUUAUUUAUCAAUUAAGGUUGCUAUAACUAACUGGGCUAACUUAGCAACUGUUGUCUACCUAAUGCUAAAGCUUUAGCCUGUGUUCAAUUUUAUAAGAAUGUUUUUUAGAAAACAAUCCGAGAAAUGCCCACAUGCACAUACAAGCAGACCCCUGUCCUAGAUUCAUUCUUUUGGGCAGAUGCAGCAUUUGGCCUCAUCCAUCUCUUUAGCAUUUUUCAGGGUUUGACUUUGUUGCUGGUUAAUUUCACUUUAGCAUUGAGAUGCAACUGUCAUUGUUUAUAUACUCUCUUUUGGCUUUUGCCUCUACACUAUUAACUCAUUUAACAUAUAUAUCUUGUAGUUAUAGUUAGAGAUGCACCUGAUAAGUGUUGAUAAUAGUUGUAUCGGUGAAACAGGUAUCAUGAUUUUACAUUAAUGUCAUCUUAUGAGACUUUACAUUGUCAGACUGAGCAUUGUCAUUUGACAGAUGACAAAAAUGAUACAAACCCACAUUCAGGGUUUGCUAACAAAUAGCCAGCAAGUACUACAGCUGUAAUAAGAGUUGGUAUUGAAAGAUACUUACAUAGUAUGAUAUGGUAUCAGAAUCAGUUCUGGCUGUAUAGAACAGUUUCGGUGCCUACAUGUCAUAUUUUAAUCAGGUAUGGGUUUUAUUUCUAUGCUGCACUGCUGUGCAAACUUUAAAGUAUAACUAGUUGUAAUAUUAUAAAUAUGUAUUUUUGUGGAGCUCAAGGGCUUUUUUUUCUUUUUAGAACAAAAUGUAUUUUACUAUUAAAUCCAGACUUUUGUGUCACAGAAAUUGAUAUUUUUGUCCAUUUUUUGUUGCUGAAAAUGUCAGGUACUUAUAGUUUAGGAUUCAUCAUUCAUUUAAUAUCCAUUCAUUCAAUAUUCAUGAUUUCUUUACAUGCAC